UGAUAGUCGCAAGUUAUUGAGAAGAAAUUGGGAAAAGAGAAAAUUACGUAUAAAAACAACAAUGUAUUUUCUUUUUAUUAACAUAAAAGGUCGCUACAAAAGUGAGAAGUGAAGGCAUUUCUGUCGAAGUGAUUUGAACAUAAGUUUUUAAAGUAUGAUGAGGUAAAUGGCUGAAAUUAAAAUAGUUUUUCAACGUGACGAGGAAAGUGAUGAUGAUUUUUCUAAAUCUUUUCCAGAAGUCAAAAGGCAGUCACCAAUUGGAAAUAAAGAUGGAUUGUCUCGAAUUCCACGAUUUAAUCGUCGUGGAUCUGAAAAUAUUGAAGCUUCAAGGUUUAUGACAAGUAAUAACUUUGAUUUACCUUCUACAACAUAUAAUCAACUAGAAGCAGAUCCUCGUAAUUUUCGACAUAAGUUUAAGCGACAUAGUAUAUUUGAGGAAAAUAUCCCACAAAAUUCUGGAAAUAUCAACUCUUUUUCUCCAAAUAACCUUCCUUUGUCUGAUAGUAAAAGUUUUCUUAGAUGCUCAGCUGUUGUGAAGCGUAACAAAUCUUUUACUGAAGGAGACAGGUCAACAACAAAGAAACAAAAAAACACUAAAGAAAAUGUGGUAAAUAGAAUCCCAAUGGCAAAUGUUUUAGAUGAUGAGUUAUCAGCUUUGUCACAAAGACCUACAUUAAUGUCACCAAGACCUAGUUUAAGUAGUAAACUGUCGCGAACAAAAUCUUUCUCUACAAUAGAUAUGGCUAAAAAAGAAGGGGUUUACAGCAGUAGUUCUACAGUUACUUAUACCAAUUUAAAUAUCUCAUCAGCAAUUCCCUUGAGUAGUUUAUCCAGAACAAAAUCUUUUUCUUCAUUGGAUCCACCACAAAAUGAUGGUAUACUUAGUGCACGUCUCACUACUCAUACUCGAGCUGUCAAAGAUCCUGGUAGAGUACAAGUGUUUGUUCGUAUUCGACCUAUAAAUGAAAAUGAAGAUAUAGGCAAACAUCCAAUUGCUGUUUCUAUUGAGGAUGAAGAAUGUACACAGCUGAAAUGCUUUGAUGGCAAAAAUGACAGGUGUUAUCAGUUUGAUGGUGUGCUUUCAGAAAGUUCUGAUAACAGAGAAACUUUUAAGCAAGUUGCAGAACCUCUUGUAUAUUCUGCCUUGUCAGGUUUUAAUGGUAUCCUAAUGUGCUAUGGACAGACAGGAACAGGGAAAACUCACUCUCUUAUGUCAAAUGAUGGAAUGACAGUUCGAAUUGUAUACAAAUGCUUUAAAGUUAUCAAUUUUGACAAAAAGCAUAAAUAUACUGUGAUGUGCUCAUACCUUCAAAUUUAUCAAGAUAAAAUUUUUGAUUUAUUAAAUGAAACUAGAACUAUUGAACUUUCUUUAAGGGAACACCCAAAAACAGGUGUCUACAUUGAAAAUCUUACAGAGUAUGUUGUUCAUUCUCCAAAGGAAGUUCUAAAUUUGUUAAAAGUAGGAAAACAAAGACUUGUAUUUGCAGAAACUAAAAUGAAUAGAGCAUCAAGCAGAUCACAUGCAAUAUGUCAAUUAAAAAUUUUAAAAGAGCGUGUUAUUUCUGCAAACAAUAGUCCAAAUGAAGUUAGCUCUCCUUCAUUAGUGAAAACUCCAGACACUGAUGACAUUGAUGAUGAUCUUUAUGAAAAUGAUCCAUUAGGAGGAAGCAUGAAUUCAAGUUAUCAGUCUCUUAUUGAAGAUGAUGAUGAUUUUGAUGAUAUUGCAAAUCAAGUAACAGAUUUAGAAGAUGGUGUUACAUCAAUUCGAGGGAAAAUGUACAUAUGUGAUUUAGCCGGAAGUGAAAGAAUUAAGAAAACUCAAGCAGCUGGUGAGCGUUUACAGGAAGCACAACAUAUCAACUCAUCUUUGCUUGAAUUAGGAAAUGUAAUUCAGGCACUAGCAGAAGGGAAUAAAACUCAUGUUCCCUUUCGUAAUUCAACUUUGACUAGACUUCUGCAAGAAGGUUUAUCAGGAAACUGCAAAACUCGUUUAGUAGUAUGUAUAGCUCCAACUGUUAAAGACUUGCAUGAAACAAAGUGCAGCUUAAACUUUGGCUCGCGUGCAAUGAAAGUACAAGUUAUGGCACAUGUUAAUUAUGAAGUUGAUUACAAAAGAUUAGCUGAAGCUCUAGCUGCUAAGCUUGAAAAUCUAGAGCAUAGUUGGAACUUGCAAAAAGAGGACUAUGAAAAAGUAAUUGCACAACUAAAAAUAGAAGUUGUUGCGAGAAGAUUUUCUUUGCCAAUGAAUGCUUCAAAAUUAGCCUCUCCAUCUGCCUCAAAGCAAGUGCAAGCUUUGUUAGUGGUUGAGUUAAUGACUCUUCAUUUGUUCUAUAACUUUCAACAAAAGAAUCUUGGUGCAAAUUCAAGCUCGCUGUUUGUUCCUUCAAACCAAGAUCUUGUUUUGCAAUGUAUGGAAGGACUGCUUGAGUUGUUGGAAGAUUACUUAUGUGACAAAUCAAAAGUUAACUCCAACUACUCAAGUUGUAAUUCAUCUGUGAUAAUGAGCCCAGAUUAUCUAGAAUCUAGUGCAUCAACAAUUAGUGACCUGCCACUUACACUUGAGCCUAUGUCCCGAUUUAUUGAACAUGCACAAAUUUCAUAUGCUAAUGGUUCUAAUAAAAAGUUUUGUUCUUUGGAAAGAAAGAAACCAUCUUGUGAAACGAAAGAACGUUUUAAAAGAGUUAUGAAUUCUUUGCUUCAAUUAAAAGAGACUACAAAUCAAAAUGCAGUCAAACAAUUAAAGGAAACAUUUGAAGUAUCAAUGAAAAAUACUGGUUUUCUUGAUUUAAAUCGAUUAGAUGAUGUGGUUGCACUUCUUGACAAGCACAGAGAUUCUAUUUCAAGUUAUGAACAUUUUGAUGAUCUGCAAGCUUUGGAAAGUUCAUUGCAUUACUUAUUGUUUGACAAAGCUUUGUUGAGUUGUAUCUUAUUACUCAAAGCUCAGUCUGGAAAUUUUCUAGAAGGAUGGCAAAGUGGUGUUCCGUCAAUUGAUGAUACAAAACUGAAUGUAAAUCAAAUUAUGGAAGAAUUGAAGUUAGAAAAGAAUACAACUGGCAAACUUCAAGAGGAAUUGUUUAUACUGCGAAAAGAGAAAGCUGCUGCAGAAGAAAAACUCAAAGAUAUAGAGUUAGAUCUACAAACUGUGAGAGAGUUAAAAGAAAAGUUGGAAAAUAAACUUUGUGCUGCUAAUGAUAGAAAUCUAGUUCUAGAAGAGCUCAUUGAGAAGACCCAACUAGAAAAAGAUAAACUGGAGAAACGACUUGUUGAUGUUAACAUGCAUCAUUCCCAACUUGAAGCAAGUUUAAAACUUAGUGAUAAUAACAAUGCUAGAAAAGAAAGACUGAUUGUGGAUUUGAAAAAUGAGAAGGUUGCUUUGGACAGUUUACUUUGUACUUUGAAAGAAGAACUUUCUAUUAUGGAAAGAGAAAAGUCAAGAGAGAAUGAAGAAAAAAGACACAUACAAGAAGAAUUAGAGGAUGUAAGAGAUCGCAACAUUAUCUUAGAAACAGAGUGGUCAUGUUGUCGAGAGGAAAAUGGAUUGUUAGAAAAUGAAUUAACAGCUCUAGAAGAAGAUAAAGCAUUUUUGGAAGAAGAAUUGGGUAAAUAUCGUGAAGAUGUCAGAAUGUUAGAAGAAGCUGUAAGUGUUUUAGAAGCACAAGCUUCUGACUAUAAACAUGAUAUUGACAACCUAAAAGCAAAGGAAGAAAGAUUACUUAGUUGUGUUCGAUCAGAAAAAGAGAAGUUUGCUAAAGAAAUUAAUGCUUUAAGACAAGAGAUGUCUUCCUUAAGGGUUGAGCGCAGGCGUUUUCAGCGAGAUAUAUCUCUUGCCAAAGCUGAUAAAUCUAAUACUGAACGAGCAUAUACUGCACUUAAAGGACAGAAAGAAUCUAUUCAAGAAGAUAUUGCAAGUUAUAAACAAGUUGAAAAGCACCUACAGCGUGAACUUGCUGCAUUAAAGAGUGAACGCUUGAAGCUUGAACGCGAAGUAAAUAAUCUGAAAACUGAGAAUGUUAAGCUCAAGCAAGACAUUGUAUUAGCAGACAAAAUGAAGUCUGAAAUAAAUAUUCUACACAAAAAUGAAGAGAAAAUUUUACAAAUGUUUAAUUUUGAGAAAGAUAAAUUUAUAGAGCAGUUAGCAAUGUUUAAAGAAAAGUUUGAUGAAUUAGAAGUUAAUUUUAUUAAAGUCUCUACGGAAAAAGAACGUCUUUUAAAACAAUUAAAUCAGUUUGAGAACAAUGAACAUCAUGAAGCAUGUAUAGCACGACGAACACAAAGCCAACCUACAUCAGUUGCAUCAAAUUCUUCUACACCUGAUAAGCUAAAGCCAUUUUCUAUGCAUGGAGCACUUUUAAGAAGAAGCAUUCACUCUGGUGAAGUCUCGGAGAUCGAAGGUAGAGUAUUGGACUUGCAAAGGCGGUUGGCAUUUUUUAUGGCAGAAAAAGAAGAUAUUCAAAAAGAACUAAUUACAUCAAGGGAAAGAAAUGCAAAACUUACAUCUGAAGUAAGAGUGCUUGAAGAAGACACUUCAAAAUUUCAAACAUUAAUAUCGGUAUUAAGCGAUGAAAAGAUGGCUAUUGAGACGAGACUAACAGAGUUGAUCAAGUCAAAAGAAGUUAUUGAGCAAGAAAAGGAACUUCUUGAAUCAACUGUUGAAGUUGCAAAGAACGCAAGAGAAAAGCUUCAGAUUGAGCUCAAUAAUGUUUUAGAAAAAAACCAACUUUUAGAGAUGGAUCAGCUUACAAUUAAUGAAAGUUUAAGAAUAUUACAAAAAGAAACAGUAGUUUUAACUGCUGAAAAUAAACAUAUAAAACAAGAGUUUGAAAAAUUAGAUGGAGACUUAAAAACCACACGUUUAGUUGUGGAAGAUCUUAAUAAAAAUAUUGCUAAUUUAAAGGAGAAAGUACUAAAAGCCCAAACUGGUGAAGAAAGUAUUAAGGAAAAGCUAGCAUUAUUAGAAUCACAAAAUGCCAGCCUCACUGACCAACUUAAUGUUUGUCAACUUGAAGAAGAAUCUUUAUUUGCUGAAUUAAAAACCCUUAACAAAGUAUUUAAUAAAAUUUUGACUAACUUUGAAAAGAAUGAAAAAGAGAUAGAGAAUGAUUUUAUGGAAGAACCAAUGGUUUUAAGGAAGCAAUUGAUUGCUGAAUUAAAGUCAAAAUUUGAGUUAAUUGCUUCAGUUGCUGAAAAUCUAAAAAAAGAAAGAGAAGAACUUCAAGCACUACUCAGUGAUAACAAUUCAUGUGGGUCUUUAAUAGAGAACAUGAUGAGUUUUAAAACUCGAUUAGUGGAGCUGAGUGAAGAAAAACUUGUUUUGGAGAAGAAGUUAUUGUCUGUAGAGCGUCAACUUGUUUCUAAUAAUUAUCAAAGCAAUCAACAGAAGGACUCAUCUUCAGUUUACCAAGAAAAAAUUUAUUUCAAACAAAGCAUUGAAAAACUAGAGUUUCAGAUUGAAGAACAUAUUCGUGAACAAAAUCAACUUAAAUCAGAAGCAGAAUAUCUUAAAAAUCAAAACUGUGAAUUGCGUAAAGAAAUUGCAAUUAUAUUGCAUGAGAAUACUAAACUCGAAAACAAAGUUGAGCAACUUGAAAGUCUUUACAUAAAACAAGAAUCUGAACUUGCUUUAGCUGCUGAAAAAACCGAAGAAUUAUUAAGGCAGUUAUGUGCCACUGAAGGACGUAAUUUAGAUUUGUGCACCCAGCAAUAUACUCAACAAGAGCAGUUGGAGCAAUCUAAACAGCUUGUGGAAAAAUUAGAAAAAGAAAAACUAGAAUCUGAAGAAAAAAUCAAAACUUUUAAAGAUAAAUUGCUAAUGGCUGAGCUUGAUAUUUCACACCUUCGCUCAAAAGCAACCAAAGCAGAAAGUCAUAGACAAUUGUUGGUAGCAGAUCUUGAUUCAGCAGACCGUGAGAGAGCAAUAUUGAAUUCUGAAUUGCAACAAUUAGCGAGAGCAUUAUCGCCACUUAAAAGAGAAGUUACAGAAGUGAUUAAAAAGCAAGAAAAUCUCAAUUUAGAACAAAAUGAUGCAAAUUUUGAUAUAACAAACCAAGUAAAACAAAUGAAAAUAGAAUUGAAUGAAUACAACAUUGAAAAAAUUGCAUUGAAGAAUGAGCAAGAAGAAUUAGAGCAGAGAUUAAAGUUGCUUGCUUUUGAAAAAGAUGAGCUGAGAAGUCAGCUUAGAAAAAUUAUACAGCAUUUUGAUAUGCAAAAUGAUGAGUCAUCGAAUACUUUAUCGAAUUGCAUGGAGGAUUCCAUCAGCUAUGUGAGCAAUUUAUUGAACCAGCAAUACAACAUGGAUCAUGAAAAAGAUCUUCUUUUAGAAGAUCUACACGCUGCAGAUUAUGCAAAUAAAAUUUUGAACUUUUGUGUUAAUAACUCUGUCGAAGAUUUGCAAUCAGCACAUCAGGAUCUUUGUUUGGCUACGGUUGAAAGGUUAAAACUUAAAGACGCGGAACGUCACUUAACUCGAAAUAUCAAUGAAAUUACCAAUAGUGACCGUUAUUUAUCGAACGGAUUGACAUGUCUUCAUUACGAAUUUCAGAAGCUAAAGGUUGAUAUAGAAUCUUUUGAGAAUGAACAAGUGUGCUUGUUAGAAGAGAUUCGUUCUUUAAAUAACCAAUUAAAUAUUGCUGAAAAUAAUGUUAUUAAUGUAGUUCACUUUAAAAAAAUUAUUGAAAAAAACUUGUUACAAUAUAAAGAACGCAAUUCCCAGCUUGAAACUCAUUUGCGUGUUAUUUAUGAGGACCUUCUGGAAAUGGAGUUGCGAAUUAAUGGCACACCCAGUAAAAGUGCUAAAGUAUUGCUAGAAACAAUAGAAUUACAUAGACAUUUUCAAUAUCUCGAAGAUGAUUUAUUGCAAUCAGAAACUGAACGUAAAAACUUUAAGGAAGAAGCUGCUGAUCUAAUGGAAAGAUGUAAUAAUCUUCAAGAAGAAAGAACCUUAAAUAUGGUAAGUACUGGAAUUGUUCAGCAUAGUAUACAUGACCAGGAUAACUUAAUUGCUCAAUUACAAAAUGAGCGAGAUUCAUUAGUAUAUGAGAAUAAACGUUUGGAGACAAAGUUAUCGAUACAGAAGAGUGAUAGGAAAAGAAUUAUUGAAGAUUAUCAGCGAAUUAGUCAAAAUCUUGUGGGUUAUAUAAAGUAUAAUAAUGAACUUGAAAAAAAGUUAGAAGCUGUUAAACGUCAUUAUCAUAAAAAAGAAGAAAAUACACAAAAUAACCUAUCGGCAUCUCAACUAAAUACAAAGCAAGGUUCUGAUUUACUUUGUCAGUCUUGUUAUGAAAAUGUCACUCGCAACUUUCUCGGGAUUAACAAAAACUCGCAAAUACUUGGUCAAGAGUUGCUUGAGUGCAUCCACGACAAUUUAUCUAUUGAAACUGCCAUCAUAAGCUUUAUAGAACAAAAGCAUGAUUUAGAGCAGCAGUUGGUUGCAGAAGAAACACAACAGUUUUAUAUUGGAAAUUUGUAUAAUAGAAAACCUGUUGUGUCUCGGCGCGAAUCUAAUUUUUCCAUCAUAAGCAGAGAAUCUUUUUUUUCAUAAAGAAUUAUUUUUAAAAGCAUAUUUUUGCCCUUUUUAAAUAUUAAUACCCUCCAAACUCCUUUUUCCUUUGUCACCUUACCCUCCAUUUAUUUUCUUUUUUAAUUCUCCCUUUAGGAUGCCAGUUUGUUGUCGUUUAUCAAAAAGAAAUAAAGCUUUUUGUUUCUAAGAGUUCACGAUUUCAAAUCUGGCGUGUUUCUUUGAAGACGCUACAUUUUGGUUCCGUAUUUCGUAUUAAUAAAACGCUACAACAUUCAAGUUUCGUAUUUUAUAAUGAAGGAAACGUAUUCAACCAAAAAUGAAAACAGAAAGGAAACAACGUUACUUGACAUUUAAAUCUUUUUAAGAUUUUUUUAUCGUUUAUACGCCAUAUUUUUACAUGGUGCUCGAUGCUGAAAUUAUUUUAUGUUUUUUUCCAAUUUUUUUUUUCUCUCAUUUUUUGUUAUGUCGUAAUAACCGCAAAUAAAAUCUGAAUAAUUUCAUAAAUCGAAAUAUGGAUAACUUUCUGAUUAUAUGAUAUACUUCUAUGUAAGCAAUUUUUUAGAAAUAUUC